CUUUGCUGAGCCCUUUUGUCCUCCGACCCCGAGAACGAUUCCCCAUCGCCGUCUCACAUUCGAUUGCGGCUCAUCCUGCAGCGACGGUCUAGCUAGCCCAUCAUGCUCGCCAGGUCGUCUAUGCGCUCGACGCGCAUCCUCAAUGGCCUCAAGAACGGCGUUGCCGCCGGUUCUAAGCGUGCCGCCUCCUCGAGCUCCUACGCCGCCGGCGAAGCUUCUGCUACCCGAAUGAACGUGGCCGCCGCCGCCUCCACCACCCUCGCCCUCGGUUCCAUGGCCUGGUACUACCAUCUCUAUGGACCUGUUGCCUUUGCUUCGACUCCCGCUGAGGAGGGUCUCCAUUCCACUCAGUACCCCUGGGUUCACACGCAAAUGUUCAAGACCUACGAUCACCAGGCUCUCCGCCGUGGCUUCCAGGUUUACCAGGAGGUCUGCGCGUCCUGCCACUCCCUGAGCCGAGUCCCCUACCGAUCACUCGUCGGCACCAUCUUGACCGUUGACGAGGCCAAGGCCCUUGCUGAGGAGAAUGAGUUCCCCGGCGAACCCAAUGACGAGGGCGAGAUCGAGAUGCGACCCGGAAAGCUGGCCGAUUACAUGCCCGCCCCCUACAAGAACGAGGAGUCUGCCCGCUUCGCCAACAACGGUGCCCUUCCCCCGGAUCUGAGCCUGAUCAUCAAGGCCCGCCACGGCGGCUGCGAUUACAUCUUCAGCUUGCUCACUGGUUACCCCGAGGAACCCCCCGCUGGUGUCACGGUUGCCCCUGGCAUGAACUUCAACCCUUACUUCCCCGGAACCGGUAUUGCCAUGGCUCGUGUCCUCUACGAUGGCCUCCUCGAGUACGAGGACGAGACUGUUGCUUCGACCUCCCAGAUGGCCAAGGACGUUGUCGAGUUCCUCAACUGGGCCGCCGAGCCCGAGAUGGACGACCGAAAGCGUAUGGGUAUGAAGGUCCUGGUUGUGUCUGCUUCCCUGUGGGCUGUCAGCGUGUGGGUGAAGCGAUACAAGUGGGCCUGGGUGAAGUCGAGGAAGAUCGCCUACGAUCCCCCAAAGGAGGUCAAGGUCCGCCGUUAAGGAGGCCCAUUCAAGUCUCAUUUGUAUACUAGUCGCCCCCUAGAGCAGCUCCUUUGUCGGUGGCGGGUAGAAAAGAAGCAAGGCGUGAAUGGAGGCGGGAAGAAAGGCCGGAGGGUAGAGUGUAAAUCAGAUGAAUCGUUCCAAUACCUUAUUUGACCCGAACUACGCUCGAAAUUAUAUCAUUAAUUAAAAAAGAUAUGCUUCAGAUUUUGUACUCGAAGGAUGUAGCACAUGACGAAGCCUCGCGUACAAAGGAGUGCCUUCUUGAUA